AUGAUGAUAGCAUAUUUCGUCUUUUGGUUGAUUCAAUUCCCGCUUCUCAUGAUACACCCUAGCAAGAUGCGCUGGCUGUUCUUCAUCAAGUCCGUGGUCGCUGUGAUAGCCGCUUUCGCAUUGCUUGGAUGGGCUGUUCACACAGGCGGCGCUGGCCCUGUGUUUGCUCAGAAGGCCAAGAUCUCGGGUAGCACCAAAAGUUGGGCUUGGGUUAUGGGUAUUAAUGUUGCAAUCAGCGGCAAGACAACUCUUGCACUCAAUAUCUCUGAUAUGACUCGGUACGGCCGCAAGACUUCUGUCACGUACUGGCAGCUUCUGUUCAUUCCCGUCGUAUACUGGGUGUUCUCUUUUAUUGGUAUUGUUGUUGCUUCAGCAGGACAAUCUAUCUACGGCACUUUGUACUGGGAUCCAACAUCCAUCAUUGCACUAUGGACAAAUCGCGCAGGCGCCUUCUUCUGCGCGUGUGCUUUCGGUCUGGCUACCUUGGGAACCAACAUCUCCACGAAUUGCAUUGCCACAAGUAAUGAUCUGGCAUUCAUUGCACCAAGAUGGAUUAAUCUCCGACGUGGAGCAGCCUUGACUGCUUUCAUUGGUGGCUGGGCAACGGCUCCUUGGAAGAUUUUGGCGAGUGCAACAAGCUUGACGACUUUCUUGAGUGGAUAUAUCAUUGUCCUAGCCCCUGUGGUGGCUAUCAUGAUUGUCGACUUCUGGAUCAUCCGACGCACUCGCCUGCACGUUCCCAUGCUUUAUCAAAACGAAGGCAUCUACCGCUAUGAUUACGGAGUGAAUUGGAGGGCUCUUGCCACACUGAUCAUUGUGGUUCCAGUCAAUCUGCCGGGCUUGAUUCAUGCUAUUAAUGCCAAGGUUGACAUUGGAAACUACUCUUAUUUCUACAAAGCGUCAUGGCUGACGUCCACGUUUAUUGCUGGAUCAGUCUAUCUGAUACUCAACCUUGUGUCGCCUCCUACCCGCACGUUGGUGAACGAGGAGCCUACACUGUACGAUCCUGAAAACAUCAAGGACCCUGAUGCUGCCGACCUUGAAGAUGCCAUUCCUGAGGAGAAAGCUCAGCAAGAGCCCGAACAUCCUCAAAGGUAA